GCGUAUAUGAUAUUUUUUGAGCUUAUUUAAAAACAAAUACUCCAUAAUACAUGUAUGUAUAUAUCUGCUCUGACUAUUUUCUUUUGCAUGAUUAUUUAAAAAAUUCCUUCACAUAAAUGGGGGUUUUCAAGUAUACCUCAACCAUCAACCAAAGAAAGAGUGCCUCCACCACAAUUUCAAAAUCCAAAGUGUAAUAGACUAGUAUCACUCCAUAUAGCAAAUUGUUGCCUUUCCGGUGCUUGACAAUAAAGAAACAGAUGAGCCAAGCUCCAAAAUACAAAAGUGCCAAGCUUGAGACAUGCCUGGAUCCAAAAAUAAAAUCUACAAAACUAUCAUACUAUAAGAGAAAAAAAGUCCCCAAAUCCAUUAAACCAAAUCCAAACACCAAAAAAACUAUCCAAAUACAAAUCCUUCCCCUGAGCCAGUUAUCUUCAAACCGUGGUAAAACCGGCUCCCCUUGUUUGACCAACCACGGCAUCAGGGGAAGGAGCCCGAUAUGUUUCUAUGUGGUUUCCCGGCACAUAUCCGGAAAAAGAAACAAAGCUUCUAAGUUGUAGUCCCAUUUUCAUCCCUAGAGAAUCUGACGGCAUAGUCCCAAACAAAGCUAGACACACACCGUCACAGGGAAAGAAAAUUCGGAUCUAUUGAAGCUUUGGAUUCCGAUUUAUCCAGUCUCUUUUGGUUCUCGAAGAACAGGAGCGUAGGUUCGUCCAUAUUUUGCACUUUUGGAUCUCCCUGAUACUCCCCUUCCUCACCCGCUUCAUCUUGGGCUGAAAUCCAUUAUUUCACUUCCCGUAGAGAUGUCCCGUCGGCUUGGAUUGCAACUUCCACAUUUGUAGUUUCACGGAAGGCUCUGCUCACCACGGGGAAGAAGAUGAGGUAUGACUGAUUCCAAUAUGUAAUGGGGGGCUGACUAUAUACUUGGUAUUGUUGUUACUUUUCGACCAUGGAAUCCUAAAAGAUGAAUAGGCAAUUAAUUGGACCAUGACUCUCCUCUGGCAUUAAUCAAGAAGAUAUCACGUCAAUAUAUUGUUGACUUAGCACAUAUACUGGUACAGUGGGAAUAGACAUUUGCCUGACAUGGAAAAUGCUAUGUGUACAUGGUUUGUACACAAUUUGUACAUGAUAUAAAUAUCCCUUAAUUUUUACCAUUCCACUUUUCCUUUUUUUACUCUUUUCUCUCUUCCUUAUCUCUUUCUCCCCUCUCUUCUCUACGACCUAAGCUCCUCUCCCAAUCCCAGUUUAUCCUUUCUUCUUCAUUCAUUUUCAUUUCAAUUCUUCUCCACAUUUAAUUGUCAAAAGCCAUUUAAAUUGUCUCUAUGGACUAUGGUUGUUCACGAUUCAAUAGGGAGCACCGCAGACCUGGAAGCCAUCGCCGUCUGAAGUUGCAGCCGACCGGAUGCUUCCACGACCUCGAAAUUACAUGGCCUACCACCUGCGAGCAAGUCCGACAUGGAGGAUCGAUUUCCGACUUGGUGAAUUGCUGCUGACCCACUGCCACCAUGGAAAUGUACUCCCUGAAGAUGAGACCCGUGACAAGAAGUUUGCUGAUUGGAGUUGCUCGUAACAUCGAUGAGAGUUAUUGUUCCAACUGCCAAGUUAAUAUAUAGUAGAUGCUAAAUUAGCUUGAACUUUGUACCGUUGAGAUAUAUUGACUAGUUGUGUAUUAAUUUAGAAAGUUGUUGAUGUAAUUAUAUGUGUAGAAUCAAUAUUGAAUCAAGAGUUUUUUAAUCAUCUUAUACUUUUGUAAAUGUUGUCCAACAUUCUAUUAUGUUUAAAUGUAAUAUAAGUUUUUACUUC